AUUGUUCGUCAUAAUAAAACCACAGGAAUUUUAUGGCUGGCUACACAAACAAAGUUUAAUAAAUAUAACGAAAAAUGAACGUGAUUGGACAUAACACACAUACAUAUUUCAAAUAACGGUUGACAUAUCGAAUAAUAAUUAGACAUAUCAAUAAUAACAUCGAAACAAAAAAAUCUCAUUGCAAGCCAGCAUUUCAGCGAGUUUGGACGGUUCAGACAGGUGACAAAUCAUAACUCAAAAAGAAUUUUUCUUCUGUAAAAAAGGUUUUAAAACUUUACUGUAACCGACGAAAAUGUUUUGCUCAAUGAUUCUGGUUCUCUCUCUCUUGCACUUUGCAGCUGGAGCUGGAGCCAAGUAUGAUUAUGAUUCGGCUGACUAUGGUGUUACUACAUGGGCUACGAGGUAUCCUAACUUCUGUAGUGGAACUAGACAGUCUCCUGUUGAUAUUGUUAACACAAUGCCCAACAAAAAUCUUGGCAACAUUAAGUUCGACAACUAUAUGCAAAAUAAUGUGGCUGUUACUGUAACAAAUAACGGUCAUACAUACGUGACGUCAAGCAUCAGUAACUAUAAUCCAGUCCCCUUCAUCAGUGGUGGUGGAUUACCAGGGACAUAUCAACUGGCUCAAUUUCAUUUUCACUGGGGCGAUGACUCAACUAAAGGAUCAGAACAUACGGUGAAUGGAAAGAAGUAUGCAGCAGAGCUUCAUUUGGUUCAUUGGAAUACGAAAUAUUCAAAUUUCAGUGAAGCUGCAGGAAAGUCAGAUGGUCUUGCUGUUUUAGGAAUAUUUAUUGAAGAAGGAGAAGCCAACACUUAUUAUGACUUUAUCAACCUUACAAGACAUGAUGUCACUUAUCCAGGUAACACCAGUACCACAGUCAUAAAAUCAUUGAUGGGUCUACUUCCCAGUCGAAAGUCAUUUUAUCGUUAUUACAAUGGAUCUCUCACGACGCCAACGUGUGACGAAGUCGUUACUUGGACUGUCUUCGAUCGCUCCAUUUCGCUUUCCAGGUCUCAGCUUGAACAACUUCGUGGUAUGAAAUACUUUACUUUCAGUAACACAAUAGCUCCUCUUGUGAAUAACUACAGACCUGUUGAACCUCUCAAUGGUCGUGUGGUCUACUUCAGUGGUGCUAGCCAUAUUUCUCAGAAUUUCUUCCUGUACUUCGCCAGUUUUACGAUGGUCAUCCUUGCUUUCUUGGAAAAAUGAACCACACGUUUUUGUAGCAUCAAUAACUUUUUUAAUCUUUGUUCAAAACUUCAUGUUUAUUAGUCCCACAUUUUUAACAAAAAUGAGCACUUUCACUUAAUUACUCACAGAACACGUUAUGUAGCAAAUAGAUUUUGAUCUUAUUGAUUUAUUUAAAGAAUCACAAUUAAAAUUUAAAAGUAUUUCUUAA